AUGUCUCCUCAAGAUACCGUCACAGUCGAGUCGCUCCCGGAGCUUCUCAAGAAUGACAACAAGGUCAAGCUCGCCGGCAUCGAUGUCGACGGCAUGCUCCGCGGCAAGCUUGUCUCCAAGAACAAAUUCCUGUCCAUCGCAAAGUCCGGCUUUGGCUUCUGCUCCGUCAUCUUUGGCUGGGACAUGCACGACAUGACCUACAUCAAGGAGCUCAAGAUCAGCAACGCAGAGAACGGCUACCACGACCUCAUCGCCAUUCCCGACCUCUCUAGCUUCCGUCGCAUUCCCUGGGAGGACAACGUGCCCUUCUUCCUCGUCGACUUCCACGACCCAGACACCGAGAAGCCCAUCUGCGCGUGCCCUCGCGGCCUGCUGAAGACAGCCCUCGAGAAGCUGCAGGCCAAGGGCUACGGUGCCAUGGCAGGAGCCGAAUACGAGUUCUACCAGUUCAAGACACCUGCGCGCUCCUCCGAAACCUCAAGUUCAACGGCCGGAUAUCUCCAGGAAAACCCUCCUCAGGCUCUGCCUUCCCUCACCGAAGGCAUGUUCGGAUACAGCUUGACGAGGACGGUCCACAACAAGGACUACUUCUAUGACGUCUUCGAGACUUGCGCUCAGUUCAAGUGUGAUAUCGAGGGAUGGCAUACCGAGAGUGGCCCCGGUGUCUUCGAGGCAGCCCUCGAGUUUGGCGAGAUUCAGCAAAUGGCCGACAGAGCCAGUCUGUUCAAGUAUGUCGUAAAGUCUGUCGCGACCAAGUAUGGCAUCACCCCGUGCUUCAUGGCCAAGCCAAAGCAAGGCUUGCCUGGAAACAGUGGCCACAUGCAUGUCUCGAUUGUCGACAAGGAAGGCAAGAACCUCUUUGCGAGGGAAACCGUCGACGAGAACCCCCCAUAUCCCGACGUCGCCGCGCUCUCCGAUCUGGGUCGUCACUUCUUGGCUGGAUUGUUGGAGGGCCUGCCAGACAUCAUGCCACUCCUGGCUCCCACGAUCAACUCGUACAAGCGGCUGGUAGAGAACUUUUGGGCACCGGUGACAGUCUCCUGGGGAUUGGAACACCGAGCUGCCUCAAUCCGUCUCAUCGCGCCCCCGACGUCCAAGCCUGGAGCCACUCGCUUCGAGGUGCGUGUUCCUGGAGCCGAUACCAACCCUCACUUCGUCUUGGCAGCUAUCCUCGCUCUCGGAUGGCGAGGUGUUGAGAAGAAGCUCGAAAUCCCUACUCCGCCGCUGGGUAAGGGCCAGGACGUCGGCGGCACGAGCGACAAGGGCGUCAGGCUUGCCAAGAGCUUGCGUGAGGCCAAUGAUCGUUUCACCCGCAAAGAGAGCAUAGCAAGAGAAGUGUUUGGCGAUGACUUCGUCGACCACUUUGGAGGGACGAGAGACCACGAAAUUCGUCUGUGGGAUGAGGCCGUAACGGACUGGGAGGUCAAGCGAUACAUCGAAACGGUAUAG